AUGCGCCACCGGUUUUUUGGCCAAGAUCCCCGAUACAUCGCUCUCAAGGAGCUCAAUGGCGAGGGCAAAUACCUCCGCGAGAGGACCUCGCUCGACUCCAUCGCCGCCGCCGACGACGACUCGGAGACUUACACGCCCACCUUGAGGAAGCGCAUGUCUUACGCCUUCACCAGGAGGCCCUCCUUCUCCAGGAGACCAUCUCGCCUGUCUCUCGCCUCCAGCACGCAGUGGAAGCGCGCUUCGCUCAGCCGAGUCGUGACGGCCACCAGGGAUGCCUUCGGCGCCAUCCCGCUAGGUCGUCGAAACAGCCAACCCGACGACGAGCCAGCCGCCACCGUCGACGACCUGGACAGGAAGCGCCAGAGCUGGAUCCAGAGCUGGAUGAACACAUCAGCGCCCGAUCUUACCUGCAAGUUUACGCUUCCUCACUCUACGCUCUUUGUACCAGUUUGA